AUGCACCCAACUGACUUCGUUCGUCUUCUCCCCUCCGGGCUUUGGUCUCUAGAAGCCUACGUUGCUUGUAGGAUUAUGACAAAAGAAACAUUAGAUAUAAGAGAGGUUUUUAAAGAUUUUUAUACUAUGUUGGAAGAGGUUGCUGAAAAUUCAGAAGAAACCUCUAGCAAAGCCAGUAGUCUUAUAGAAGCAAAGAGGACUGACACCAAAAACGUAAAUAAGAUCUUGGACGGGUCGAAAGAUAAAAAAAAUAACAAGAGGAAAUACGGUGAAUAUAGUGGUGUCAGACAGUUUGACAAUGCGGAAAGGCAGGAGUUACCACGUAAGUUUAAAUCAUAG